AAACUAGGUCAACGACAGAAAGUUAAGAUGGGUAAAUUUACUCUAGCCUAUUGGCCUUCAAGAGGAUUUGCAGAACCAGCAAGAAUGCUAUUAGAAUAUGGCGACGUUGAUUACGAGAACAAACAUAUGGCAAGCAGGGAAGAGUGGGGAGAAAUCAAGCCCAAAUUGGGGAUGGAUUUCCCAAAUUUGCCGUAUAUCAUUGACGGUGAUGUCAAACUUACAGAGAGCUGGGCGAUUUACAGAUAUAUUGGGAAAAAAUUGAAUUUGUUUCCCGCAACUGAUAAAGAAGCUCGGGAUGCAGAUAUGCUUCAAGGUGUAAUCCAAGACACGAGAAUUGGUUUUGCAAGAUAUGCUUAUUCCCCUGACCUAUACCAAAAACUAGAAGAACUUCGCAAAAAUCAAGUGGCAAAAAUUUCUGUGAUGGAAAAAUAUCUGAAAGGAAAGAAAUAUUUGCUUGGUGAAAAGUUGUCUUUUCUCGAUUUUGCAUUGUACGAAGCAUACGAUCAUCAUCGCCUUUUUUUUACUGAUAUUUUCGAUCCAUGUCCCAAUAUUCAACAAUACAUGAAAAGAUUUGAAUCCUUGGAACGAAUCGCCGCUUACUUCAACUCCGACAGAUACAGCAAGUUUCCAGUUAAUGGCCAAAUUGCUUCAUGGGGUGGACAAAAGGAAAACGACAGAAAAUAUUAAAAUUUUGCAUUUACUUUUAGUCGUUCAUCAUCUCAUGUUAUUACACGGACAUUCUCAUUUUCACCCUAGUUGACUUCAUAGUUCAUCUUGCUUAUGUGCAUGUCAGUUCCAAAUUCGGAAUAUUAUAUACAUACACAGUG